AUGAAUAUUCUGCCUGUAGAAGCUUUUCCCGGAUUAGAUGAAAACACCGGUUUUACACAUGUUCCAAUCCGACACAGUUUGAGUCAAGGAGUUACAAAUGUAGAUGAGGACAUUGGCUUCCAAUAUACUCCUGCCACUACUACGCUCGAAAGCGGAGUACCUUCUAUGUAUUCGACAGGGACGAUACCUUCUGUAAUCGAACAUUGUGAGAAUCUCACACCCGUGAAAGUAAACCAAUCUUACUCAUCUCUUGGAAGUCAUGAAUUCAUAUCAUCCAUUCGAAAGCAAUCUCAGAAAUUUAGAAGGAUUGACGAACAAGAUAAGUCCAUUCUCUCUGCAGUGAAUAUAAGACAAUCAUAUUCAAAACUAGGAACUAGCAAUUUUGUCGAGAACAUAAGGAAUGAAGCUUUAAAAGCUCAUAUUAACCCAACACCAACAAAAGCAACUAUAACUCAACAAACUGUUUCUCCUAAAAGUGCUAUUUCACAAGAUUCACCAUUACAACAAUUUGUCCAUUCGGCCAGAAAAGAAAAAAAGUCAUCUGUUCCUAAUCUGGAAGUCUAUUCUCAUCAAAAUGAUGAUGUUUCGUCUAAAGGAGGAGAUGAGCACUCAGAUAAUGAACAACACUUUGAUGUGAGUAGUCAAGAAGAGAAUGAUUCAAAUCAUUCAGAAACUGAUAGUGAUCAUUCAAUUGGCACAAGAAAUAGGAUUAAUGUUCAGAAGAUUUGUGGUACAUAUAGUAGGCGUCAUAAAGGUUUUAAAGUUCGAUCUCCAAGAAUGAGUAGAAUCACCGAAUUAAAUGCAAGGGGUCAAUGUUCAAGACCGAAAGUUACCAAAGUGUCUGAUGAAAAGUAUGUAGAUCAUGGUGACCCAACAUUCAAGUGUUCUUACUGUGGUGCAAUGAUGUGGUAUGAUGAGCAAAUAAACAAACGCAGAAGGUCAAGAAAGCUGAAAUUUUCAUUAUGUUGCUUACAAGGAACCGUUAAACUACCACUUCUCAAAGAAGCACCCGAACUUAUUAGGAAAUUGCUUAGUAAGGAUGAUGCGCUUAGCAGGCAUUUUCGUGAGAAUAUCAGGGCUUAUAAUAUGCUAUUUGCAUUUACUUCUGUUGGUGGUCAAGUAGAUCGUUCAGUUGAAAAGGGUAAAGGUCCUAAGCAAUUUCAAUUACAUGGCCAGAAUUUUCACAAAAUUGGUAGUUUGAAGCCCGAAGAUGGUGACUAUGCUAAAUUUUCCCAGCUCUAUAUAGUUGACAUAGAUAAUGAGAUUGAAAACAGAUCAUCUGUAAUGAGAAAUCAGUAUGGAAGUCUGAAAGGUAGACAUAGUAUACGAAAAGAACUAAUUGCAAAAAAUUUCCGCCUGUUGGAUGAAAUUAUUCCAUAUGUUGAGUCAUUUAGGCAAGCUAAAGAUNCUGAUGAGAAUGCGAAGUUUCACAUGCGGAUUGUAAGUGAUCGUGUAGGUAAAGAUGGAAGAACCUAUUCUAUGCCAACAUCAUCAGAAGUAGCUGCAUUGAUCCCAGGUGAUUUUCACCCUGAGAUGCCCGGAUGUGAUAUUAUUGUACAAGAAAAAAGCUCUAGCAGAUUACAAAGAAUAAGUGAAGUUCACGUUGCUUACUUGGCACUACAGUAUCCUCUUAUUUUUCCAUAUGGUGAAGAUGGUUUCAGAGUUGGAAUUGAGAAGUGUUUAAACGGUAAUCAGAAAGAUGAAGAAAAAAAGUUUAUUUCAAUGAGGCAGUGGUUUGCUUUCAGAAUCCAAGAAAGAGAAAACGAGGCUCAGACUCUACUUAGGUCUAAGCGACUUUUCCAACAAUUCUUGGUUGAUGCAUAUACGACUUUAGAAUCAAACAGGUUGUCGUAUAUCAAAUAUAAUCAGUCUACUAUCUGUUGUGAUAACUAUGCAUCAAUUCAAGCUGCAGCAGAGGCCAGAACAAAUAGCAUGGAAGAGCAAGGAAAGGAAGUUCGAAAACCAGCCUCUUUCACUGGUGGACCUUGGUAUAUGUUGCACAGUUAUUAUGAUGCAAUGGCUACAUGUAAACAGUACGACUUUCCUGACUUAUUCAUUACAUUUACAUGUAACCCUAAGUGGCCAGAAGUAACAAGGUAUUUGAAAAAGCGGAAGCUUAAUUCUGAUGAUAGACCAGACAUUAUGUGUCGUAUCUUCAUAAUUAAACUUGAUUCUUUGAUGAAAGAUUUAACGGAAGACCAUCUCCUAGGGAAGAAUCUAGCUGCUAUGUACACGGUUGAAUUCCAGAAAAGGGGACUUCCUCAUGCUCAUAUUUUGUUAUUCAUGGAUCCUAGCUGUAAUUUGCCAACAGCUGAUGACAUUAACAAAAUAAUCUCAGCUGAGAUACCAGAUAAGGAUGAAGAUCCUGAACUAUACAGCGUUGUUAAGGAUUGUAUGAUUCAUGGACCUUGUGGUGCGGCAAAUAUAAAUUCUCCGUGUAUGGUGGAUGGAAAGUGUUCUAAGUUUUACCCAAAAGAGAAUGUUGAAGAAACUUCAGUUUGUAAAGACGGAUAUCCAAUCUGUAGAAGGCGAGCAUCUUCUAAUUUUGUAGAGAAAGGUCCACUUAAGUGUGAUAACAGAUAUGUUGUUCCCUACAAUCGUAUCCUAUCAUUGCGCUAUCGUGCUCACAUCAAUGUUGAGUGGUGCAACCAAUCCGGUUCAAUAAAAUAUGUUUCAGCUUCUGAAGCAGCGUGGAGGCUUUUCAAGUUUCCAAUACAGUAUAGAAGUAUAGCAGUCAUGAAACUUCCAUUUCAUCCACCAGGGAAGCAACCAGUUUUUUAUAAAGAGAAGGAGAAGAUCAAAGAUGUUCUUGACAGAAGAGCUAAUGUCGAUUCUAUGUUCAUGGCCUACCUAAAUCUGAAUAAGGUUAAUGCAUUUGCUAGAACGCAAAUCUGA